AGAAGAGAUGUUUGAUAGACAUUUGAUAGAGCAAUAGAGGAAGAGAAAGAAAUCCCCACAGCCAACAAAAUAAAAUUAAGUUUUGGUUUGAGAAUCCCCAAAAUCCCGGCAUGGAAGGAGAAGAACAGAGAGACGGAAGCAGAGGCGGAGAGGCGGUCAACGGCAGCGAUUCACCGGCGAGUUUGGACGGAAUCGAAGCUAUUUUGAACUACGAGUUUCGAGACAAGAGAUUACUGGAAGAGGCUUUUACGGACGCUUCCUACUCACCGGAAAAUUGCUCGUCGUUCGAACGAUUAGAAUACGUCGGAGAUUCGGUGUUGAAUUUUCUGAUAACGAGAGAACAAUACUUCUCGAAUCCAAAUCUGUCGCCGGGUUCGUUGACUCGCCUCCGAGCUGCGAAUGUGGACACGGAAAAACUUGCUCGAGUAGCUAUUACUCAUGGAUUUCAUCGGUAUCUUCGCCACAACAAAGCCGAUCUUCAUCAAAAAAUAGAAGAGUUUGGUAGAAGUAUAGAGGAAUAUCCAUUACAUUCUAAUGGAAUGAUAAAAGCCCCAAAAGUCCUAGCCGACAUUGUUGAAUCAACCAUUGGAGCUGUUUUCGCCGAUAGCAACUCCAUUGACAUUGUUUGGAAGAUAUUUAAGGAAUUAAUGGAGCCAUUGAUAACAUUGAAGACAAUGAAGAAACAUCCAAUGACGGAAUUGACAGAAAUGUGUCAAAAGAGAAACCUGAAGUUGGAGUUCAGAGAUCGUUGGCAGGAAACAAAAGAAAUAGAAGUUUUGAUAGAGAAACAACUUGUUGGUAAAGGAAGUUAUCGCAAAAAGCUUAUCGCACAAAAUAGAGCUGCUAAAAAUGCUUUGGACAACUUAGACGCAUUUUUUCCACAAUUUAAUCAACCUUGUCAACCUAUGUAAUUUCAUUCUCUUUCAUACAUAUACUUUUUAUAUCUAUAUAUCGUAAUUAUUACC